AUCAAAUUCAAGUUAUUCACUAUAAUCAUACUGAGUUAUAGAGUUGUUUUUAUGAGCUCAGGAAUAGGCGCUAACACAUUGUGUAUGGAUUUGUUUGCUAGAGCACCGCUGGCACCUUUCGAGGGCGGUGGUGUAUGUGAUGAUCUUGACGGUUCUGAGACAUCCUCAUUAGUUGCUGACACUGACCAUCAAAUAAAACGAGUUUCAUCGAUCCCAUUCGAUGCUAGCUUCUCUUUUGAAGAUUCACUCACUGACCUUAUUGUAAAUUUUGAUGAAAAGGUAUAUCAUUGUUUCGAAAAUUUUGACGUGGACCCUGAAAACGCACAAAAGAUUAAUUUUUCAGGAAAUGUUCCAACCUUAAAUGACGUUAAGCAAUGGUGGGCUGCAGCUGCGAAAGAGUUCGUACCCACUGAAUCUUACCCGCUUCAUAGCUUACCAAGUAACGUUAAUUUGUAUGAUCUCGAUCAAUUCGAACUUGCAGAUGCCGAUGGAAUAACUGAAGAUGGAGUUAUAAAAACAAGUUUGUUACAAACAUGCAGUGCUUUAAAUUACUCAAACGAAUCUAUUUAUUCAGGACGAGGCACUGUUACUACUUUAUCCUUGUCAUCCGUGUCAGUUAGUCCUCGUUCAUCAACACUUGAUGGAGGUUUUCCAAAUACAUUGGCCCAAAUCCCCGAUAGUGGAAUCUCAAACACCGACGAAGAGCUAAACAGUUAUUUUAAAGAUUUUGAUGAUGAAAACAUCCUUGACAUUUUUCAAUCUCACCAUCCUUCCCUACCUUUGAAAAAAACUCAAAGUUGGGUAGAUGACCUUCAGAAUUUGAAAACCAGCGUUCUCAAGCUUUAUGUUCAGCAAAUGAAUGACGAAAUUAUGCAACUUUCAGAUUGCUUAGUGGAUUCUCUAGCGGAACGAGACGAGCUUUUAAUGCUUCGUGAAGCCAGUGAUGACUUUAUUAUAUUACUUAACUUGGUCCACGAGCGAAAAACUCAGGCAUCCAAAGCAGCUCUUCUAGCAACAGCCAAAAGCUUGAUUCGUUCCAAAACUUUGUUUCGUGUCACUACUCCUUGGUUUACUAAAAGACCACAUAUAUCUGCUUCUAGUACACUGUCGUUAGUUGGAUCUCCAGAUAUCGAGAAACCAGGCACCACAUCACUUGUCAGAAAUGAACCAAACCCAGUAAAUUCAGUUCAUUUAGAUUUACAAAAUAAUUCUGUUGCUUAUAUCGUCUCCCUUAAUCUUCAUUCAAAACUAAGAAGACCCAGAACACAACCAAUACAUGUUCACAGGACAAAUCAUUCAGAUGUUAAGAGUGUUUCUAACUCAAUCAGUUCGAUUGAUUCUAAGCAACUAAACGAAUCACAUCUAUCUAAAUGUGCUGAUUUAUCUUCAGAAAGCAUUAAAUCAAUACCUACCAGGCAAGCAAAAAUACGAUAUGAAACUCUCGUGAAUUUGUGCAACUCUACUAAUUGGCCGAACGGUAAACCGCAAAAUAGUCGAUCCUUACUUUUAUGUAUACCCUAUCGAAUCAAACCGGGCGUUGGAAUUUCCAUUCAAGAUCUACGUCUACUAAAUCAAAUUCUUUAUGCUACUGUUCUUGAAAACCCCAAAAUAGAAAAAUUACUCGAAAGUUACAUAAUGAACGUUACUAAUUCUAACGACAUCGCUAACUGGAUAAAAACUGUUGAACCUCUUCGAUGUUAUGAUUCUAAAAAGUUGAAUGGUGUUUCAUGUCAAAAUCAACAUCGUAAUCAUCUCCUAUCGACAUCAAUGCAAACUCAAUGUGCUUGA